CACUCAAUUUAUUUUCUGAACAUGUUGCAUGCACGUGUCGCCUGAAUCACGUGACAGCUUGCAUAUACCUGACCAUGUGAACGUGCAAUACCUGAGCAAAUCAGCGCACAACUCUACUCACAUCUCAAGCUUACGGUCAGUUGACGUCAAACACAGCACUCACCACUUGUAGGUGUGUGCGAAGGAAAUUGGUUUCUCGAAAGAUCAUUAUGGGAGCAAAAGGAAGCAAGCCUGAACUGAACCUCCUAAUGGUUGGUAAAACUGGAAAUGGGAAAAGCUCAACAGCAAAUACGAUCUUAGGACGAGAGGUUUUUAAAAUGUCAACCAACAUGUCGGCCUGUACGAAGGAAGUUGGGUUGUUUAGUGUUGUUAAUGAUCAAGGUAAAGUGAAUCUUGUUGAUACUUCUGGGCUCGUUGAUACAGAAAAUGAUGUAGUGGAGGAUGCUAAAUUCGCCCGGUCAAACAUGAAUAAAGCAUUUGAACUAAUCAGUUGUUUCCAUGCUUUGCUCCUUGUUUUAAACUUUCAAAACAGGUAUACUGCAGAGGAAGUAGGAGUUACUGAAAUGAUGAAAGCUAUUUUUGGAUCUGAUAUAAUACGCAAUCACUGCAUCGUUAUAAUAACACACGGAGACAAUUUUUAUAAAAACGUAGAGGAAGAACCAACUUUUAUUAAAAACAAGCAAAACAUACCCAGAAAUCAGCUUUUUCAGCGUUGGUGUGAUGAACAGAUUGGGCCUCUGCAGGAAUUGUUUAGAGAAUGUAAGCGUAGAAUCGUAUUGAUAAACAACAAAGGUUCAUUUGAAGAGAAAGAAAAUUCUGUAUCUAAGAUUAUUGAAUUCACUGCUGGCAUUAAACCGAACAACAUUUACACUGUAACGAUGUACAAUCGAAAUGAAGAAAACAGAAAAAAAUUAAUACUUACAGUCUACUUAAAGCAGUUGACAAAAAUAUACGAUGAUAAACUGAAGAUUAUGUCUAACGAUUUGGAUCUUAUUCUUUCCAGAGAUGAGUCAAUACGUACGAACUGUAAAUCCCUUUUAAAGGAACUCUCUGAAACUCCAGCAGUCUUAUCUUUAGUGGAAACGAGGGUUAAGGAUUUUGUUCAAUUGAAAGAGCAAAGAAAUGUUACCAAUGCUGAAUUCAAUCAGUUAAAAGAUCUUAUGAGCAAUAAGGUAAUAUUAGAACUGUCAAGUCUUUGCACAAAGUUCUCAAAGCUUGAGUCUCCCCUGAAGUUGGUGGCCGAGCUUAAGGAGAGUACAGAUACACUGUUGGCUAAAGUUAGGGCUGACGCUCAAGGCACCGAUAAACUCAAACAAGUUGAAGAAAAAAUUAUCAAAUUUCAGAAGAGAUUAAAGGACAGUGUUCGUCACUGGUAGUAAGAAAUAACAUAUAGUAGACAUGGCGUCACAUGGCCGGGGGAGGCGUUUGCGGUUAGAACAGAUGACAACAUUUAAGAGGUGACAACAUGAUACAAUUCGUAAAAUGACGCCCAACCUAGUAACGACGCUGCAUAUAAUGGAAUACAAGUCCAUACCUUGGUUAGAACAUUAAAUUUAACUACCUAUAUGGUAUAGUAAAGUAAUACCCAGUCGAUACUACUUUAAAAUUAUGUAGUGUUGUUGCUUUUUUGAAGAAGUUGAAACUCGCAUGUUUUUUUCUUCGUUUCCUUUGUUUAGUGUAUUAUUAUUAGUUAUUAUUUUUUCUUUAAGUUUUAUACACUAAGUUAUUGCUGACAUAGCAGCUUUUAAAAAAAUCAAAUUAUUGUAAUUUGUGUAGCCUUCAGUAUUAAUUUGAAGGUUUGAAGGAUAAUCAUUUAUGCUUUUAAAUUAAGAGCACCAAUUUGUUUUCAAAUUUUGAUUAACAUAUUCCUUCCUUUGUUUAGUUCAAACAAUGUUAGAUAACUGUAAUCCUAAUUGUUUUUUUUAUAGAUGUGCUUAUUACAGUUUUUACAAUGUAAUGUAUAUUCAAGAAUACACAUCAACGUUUGGUACCUUGAUAAUUUAUGGUCAGCAAGUCAUUUCUCAAGACUUAACUUUUGUUGUUAGAGGGGUCAAAAGCG